AUGACAGCUGCCGAGAUUGUGGACACUGCCAUCAGCCGCAACAAAGUGAUGGUCUUUAGCAAGUCGUAUUGUCCUUAUUGCGAGGAUGCUAAAGAUCUGCUGAGUGAUCUCAAAGUACCCUUUGAAGUGAUGGAGCUGGAUGAACGAUCCGACGGCGAUGCUCUUCAAAAAGCACUAUUUCAGAAAACUGGCCAAUGGACGGUUCCCAAUAUAUUUAUCGAUGAACAACAUAUAGGCGGAUGCGACGAUUUAGAGUCGAUGCAUCGAGUGGGACAACUCGAACAAGUUUUGAUUUCAGCCAAGAUAUUGAUGAGUUCAACUUAA